AUGGGGCAUGGUUGUGUUGUGUUUGCACUCAGCAUCGGUGCCCUUGGCAUAUACUUCAUAGAUUCUUCAGACCCUAUAGAGUCCUGUCAGAACUUCUACAAAGACUUCACGUUACAGAUCGACAUGGCCUUCAACGUCUUCUUCCUCCUGUACUUUGGUUUGCGGUUCAUCGCGGCCAACGAUAAGCUGUGGUUCUGGUUGGAGGUCAACUCUGUGGUGGACUUCUUCACCGUGCCCCCCGUGUUUGUCUCCGUAUACUUGAACAGAAGCUGGCUUGGUUUAAGAUUCCUGAGGGCGCUGAGGUUGAUACAGUUCUCCGAGAUUUUACAGUUUCUGAAUAUAUUGAAAACAAGCAAUUCCAUCAAGCUAGUGAACCUGUGCUCCAUCUUCAUCAGCACAUGGCUAACAGCCGCUGGAUUCAUACAUCUGGUGGAAAACUCAGGGGAUCCAUGGGAAGACUUCAAGAACUCCCAGUCUCUCUCGUACUGGGAGUGUGUUUACCUGCUGAUGGUCACCAUGUCCACAGUGGGCUACGGAGAUGUCUAUGCAAAGACCACGUUGGGACGGCUGUUCAUGGUGUUUUUCAUCCUCGGCGGUCUGGUAAAACAACUGCGACAGGCUUUUCUUGACCUUCAUAGCCCCCCCCCCCCCCCCCCCCCCCCCCAACUCACCCCGCCCCUACCCUACCAUGGUCCUUUCCCCAAAACCCUGCCUGCCUCUUGCCAACAUUCCUGGUAUAGCUGUCGUACUGAAACUAAAUGUUUUGCUCUAAAGAUAUGUGUCAUGUGUAUGAAUUAUCCUCCUCUUCCUCCCUCUCGCAGGCAUAUUGUGGUCUGUGGUCAUAUUACUCUCGAAAGUGUCUCCAACUUCCUCAAAGACUUCCUACACAAGGACAGGGAUGAUGUCAAUGUAGAAAUUGUUUUUCUCCAUAAUAUUUCCCCUAAUCUUGAGCUGGAAGCCUUGUUCAAACGCCACUUUACCCAAGUGGAGUUCUACCAGGGAUCUGUUCUCAACCCUCAUGAUCUAGCAAGAGUGAAGAUCGAGUCUGCAGAUGCCUGCUUAAUUCUAGCCAAUAAAUACUGUGCAGAUCCAGAUGCAGAGGAUGCAUCGAACAUAAUGAGGGUCAUUUCGAUCAAGAACUAUCAUCCCAGAAUCAGAAUAAUCACACAAAUGUUGCAAUACCAUAACAAGGCCCAUCUGUUGAACAUCCCCAGUUGGAACUGGAGAGAGGGUGAUGAUGCCAUAUGUCUGGCUGAGCUGAAGGCAGGCUUCAUAGCCCAGAGUUGUCUGGCCCAAGGCCUGUCUACCAUGCUAGCCAACCUCUUCUCUAUGAGGUCCUUCAUCGAGAUUGAAGAAGACACAUGGCAGAAGUAUUACCUGGAAGGAGUCGCCAAUGAGAUGUACACCGAGUAUCUGUCCAAUGCCUUCGUGGGCUUGUCCUUCCCUACAGUCUGUGAACUUUGUUAUGUGAAGCUGAAGCUGUUGCUAAUUGCCAUCGAAUACAAGUCGGAGCAGAGAGAGAGCAGAAGCCGAAAGCGCAUCCUCAUCAACCCAGGAAACCACGUCAAACUACAGGAAGGAACUCUGGGGUUCUUUAUUGCUAGCGAUGCCAAAGAAGUAAAGAGGGCAUUUUUCUACUGCAAAGCUUGCCAUGACGACAUCACUGACGCUAAACGAAUUAAAAAAUGUGGCUGCAAACGACCAGCAGAUGGCGCUACAACACCAGGCAACAGUGGGGGUCAGAAAGAGGCUGGUGUUCGGUUCAAAGCUGAUUGCAAUUUAGUAAAGGAGGAGGUUAGGCCAUCCUAUCAAAACCGAUCGAUUAAAAUCACCAACUGCUCCUCUGCCGCCACCGCCAUCACCUCCUCAAACACAUUCCACCACAACUCCACGCACCACCACCUCCAGGAGCCCUUCGUCAGUCCGGGCACCGUCCCCCUCGUUAAUAACCGCAAAGGAAGCCUGCUCCCAGCGGGGGCCGGGGCAGGGGCAGCGGGUGAGCCGUCGCGGCUGAGGCUCAGUAUCCCCGGGGCGGGGGGGGACGGAAAGCCACGCAGGUCCCUGCUGCUGGCCAAGGGCCGGCUCAACCGGACGCUCAGUCUGCCAGUGAAAUACCGCUACCAUCCCAGUAAUGCCAUGCUGCUUGAUCACAGUAGGCCCUUUGAGGACGAGCACCCGUCAACUCUCUCGCCCAAAAAAAAGCAGCGCAACGGAGGCAUGCGCAACUCCCCCAACUGCUCUCCCAAGAUGAUGAGCAGACACGACCCGCUGCUCAUCCCCGGGAACGAGCAGAUCGAGAACAUGGACAUGAGCGUGAAGAAGUACGACUCCACGGGCAUGUUCCACUGGUGCCCCUCCAAGGAGAUCGAGAAGGUCAUCCUGACCCGGAGCGAGGCGUCGAUGACGGUCCUGAGCGGUCAUGUAGUGGUCUGUAUAUUUGGAGAUGUCACGUCCGCUUUGGUGGGGCUGCGAAACCUGGUGAUGCCUCUGAGAGCCAGCAACUUUCACUAUCACGAGCUCAAGCCCAUCGUGUUUGUGGGCUCACUGGACUACCUGCGCAGGGAGUGGGAGACCUUACACAACUUCCCCAAGGUCUCCAUAUUGCCUGGUACUCCACUGAGCCGGGCUGAUUUACGAGCUGUCAACAUCAACCUCUGCGACAUGUGUGUCAUACUGUCGGCCAAUCAGAACAACAUUGACGACGUCUCGCUGCAGGACAAAGAGUGCAUCCUGGCGUCGCUCAACAUAAAGUCUAUGCAGUUUGAUGACAGUAUCGGGGUCUUGCAGGCAAAUUCCCAGGGUUUCACGCCUCCCGAAUGGACCGGUUAUCUCCAGACAGCAGUCCAGUACAUGGGCCUCGUCCGCCAGGCCUCCGUCACCACCGGAGCCAACAUCCCCAUCAUCACAGAGCUAGUGAACGACUCCAACGUUCAGUUCCUGGACCAAGACGACGACGACGACCCCGACACGGAGCUGUACCUCACGCAGCCCUUCGCCUGCGGCACCGCCUUCGCCGUCAGCGUGCUCGACUCCCUCAUGAGCGCAACGUACUUCAACGACAACAUCCUGACGUUGAUCCGUACCCUGGUGACGGGCGGGGCCACCCCUGAGCUGGAGGCCCUGCUGGCGGAGGAGAACGCCCUACAGGGGGGCUACAGCACCCCGCAGACCCUGGCCAACCGCGACCGCUGUCGCGUGGCCCAGCUGGCCCUCUACGACGGGCCCUUCGCCGACCUGGGGGAUGGUGGUUGCUACGGUGACCUGUUCUGUAAAGCGUUGAAGACGUACAACAUGCUGUGCUUUGGGAUCUACAGAUUAAGGGACGCUCAUAUGACUUCACCAAGCGGUUGCACGAAACGGUACGUGAUCACCAACCCGCCGUACGACUUUGAGCUGGUGCCCACCGACCUGAUCUUCUGCCUCAUGCAGUUCGACCACAAUGCGGGCCAGUCCCGGGCCAGCCUCUCCCACUCCUCCCAUUCCUCCCAUUCUUCCAGCAAAAAGAGCUCUUCCGUCCACUCCAUCCCCAACCCCAGCAGUCGACAGAACCGGAGCAGCAAGAGUCGGGAGGCGCGGGACAAACAGAAUGCAACAAGGAUGAGUAGAAUGGGCCAAGAAAAGAAAUGGUUUACAGAUGAACCAGACAACGCCUACCAACGGAACAUUCAGAUAAAGCCCAUGAACACCCACAUGGCUAACCAAGUCAACCAAUACAAAUCCACUAGUAGUCUGAUUCCACCAAUCAGAGAAGUUGAAGACGAAUGCUGAAGCACACCAGGUUCUUUGAAGACUUGGGGAGAAAAAAAUCCAGAGAAUCUUUUUCCGAGAUUGCAGGAGACGAACUGACGAAUGAAGGAAUGAUAGGACGAAGGUGACAGUGACGACGAUGAUGACGAUGAUGAUGAUAUUGUUUGCGAUGGAUGACAGGCCUCCUUACUCACCUUCCAGAAGUAGAUUUUGGAAGAGGAACACACACACGUCGAAGGGACCUUCUAUGUGUAUUACCUUUAAUGUAACUUUUCACACUCUCUGACAUUUGUUUUUAUUUAUUAAUGUGUUCAUAGACAUGUACAUAUCGACAAUCAGAAAGAAGGAUUGUACAGCCCCUCCACCCCCCCUAGCACUUUUUUUGGAAUAAUUUUGAGGAGAGAGAAGAAGAAACAAACAAAAAAAAAAAGAGUACUUCCUGAAAUUCUUUGCAAUAGUUCACCUCCUUUGUGUUGCCGGACCCCCCCGCUCUUCAGAGGGGGAGGAGGAGUCGGGGCUGCGGCAGUAGGUUGCUCAUACCACCAUCACCCGAAGAUACCCCACCACCCCCCAACACCACCCAACACCAUCCCAGAACGAGUCUUCUUCAAACGGAGGGGUUCCUCGCUGUCUCGCUUCUCUUAUGUCCGCCUUGGUUUUAAGUUGCUCCAAAGAAAUUAUGAAAAUUCAUCUGACCAGACCACCAACCCCAACUACCACCACCACCUCCCCCUUUCCCUCCACCAACCCCUCCAGCUUUGGAAAUAACAUCAACAGAAGAGUGUCAAGUGAAGAAAUGAUUGGCUUGGAUAGAUGAAGAGGCAGCUCACAAACGGCUUUGUUUGUUGGUGUUAGUGGGGCAGUGGUGAUGGUGUUGGCGGGAGGUGGUGGCGCCGCAUUGGACGCUACGCUACGUCACCUGCUAGCGUCCUUUCAGCCCCGCUGAGCAAAAAAAUACAUAUUCGUGUUCAGGAAUUCAUGUAAUUGAAUGCAAAGUGUUUGUUGGGAAUGUGUUGUCUGCAAGAAGAACGCAACCCCCCAUCCACUCCUCGUCUCCCUCCCCACCACCAUCCCCUCUUGUCCUGGGAGCGUCAUGCUAGCCGUUAUGCUAGCCGUCAUGCUAGCUGUGGCUCAUCCAGCGCUGUGUCGCAUGACAUGUGCCAGAGCUCGGCUGUUGUAAAGCGAUAAGUGCAGUUGAUCAACUUGAACUAAAAUACAUGAGAGGCACGGCACAUACUCUUACCUAGCUGUGUCCCUUCAUGGGUUCAGCAAUGUUUCCGGCAUUUGUACAUGCCAUCUGUGUGUUAAUGUGCGGGGUGUGUGUGUGUGUGUGUGCGUGUUUGAGUGUCACAAAACACGUUUUUCCCUUCUUCGCUGGCUAGUGCUGUCUCACCUUUCCCCUUGUCCGCCUGUGUGAGCAGGUGUGGCUUUGAGGGAACCGCAUGCUGGAUCGAGGGUCUAAUGUGGCAGCCACGGCAAAAAGAAACAAGCCUCUAACCCAUCCAAAUGCGCUAGUAGAUUGACAACCGCAAUGUGUUGCAUAAUCCGCACCACAAAAGAAAACACUACUCCCAACUAGGAUUGAGCUAUGUUAUGGUCAGAAGCAGCUGUUCAGCCCAGUUUGGGCAUCAACAUGCCUCCUCCAUUGACAGCAGAAACAGGGGCGUUAAACAGGAAAACAGAAGAGUUGUACAUCCUCUGAAUGUUUUUGUCUGUUCUUAAAAUCGAACGGCGAGUCGUAAAAAUGCCACAUAUUGCAUAAAAGUGGGCUUUUUAAUGGGCCCUCCUCUGAUCAGAGUCACUGCCUGGCAUAGGGUUGGCACAGAGGCAAUAAAGAGCUUGGAUGUUCUCUGUUGCCAACCCAGAUGUCAUUCGCCACUAAAACCCAAACCUGCUGCAUUCACGACCUUAACAUACGAACAGCUCAAUCAUAGUUGGGGAGAAAAAAAAAAGUGGAGGCUUCCGAAUGAGAGCUUAGAGUUGGAGUUGUGUGUGUGUGUUCCGCGUACUGCCGUUGUGGCAUGAGAGGCUGGUGUCUUUGUUGCACAUGGCAAGGCUUCGUCAGAUCCAUAUUUCCACUGUGAUCGCGGUGAAGGGGUAGGGCAAAGGAGGCGUGACGGGGGGGCCUCGGCUUGGAGCUACUGAACUAGUAACCUUCACUACAAAUGGAUUUAUAAAAAGAACGUAUAGACAUGAUUAUUUUGUAUCCAUGAGCAUAGUCAUUUUGUACUUAUUUUUAUACAUAGUUUUAAAAAAGAAGCGCUUAAGAAAAAUAACGAAUGAUUCCAACGGCAUCAUUCAUUUCGACGGCGCAUCAGAGCAUUGUGUUAAAAAAGAUAUUAAUAUCUGCUUGGUAACAUGCUAAAACUAACAAAGUAAGUACUACAGGUUUUUUGUUGAGUUUUGACAAAAUCCAGAUUACGAUCACUGUUCCUCACCCAACAGCCUAACAUGUCUGCUUACUGCUUGUAGAAACACAAUGGUGUGAUGAUCUAGCUAAAUAUCUUUUGCUUCAACAGAUUGAUAAUCAUUGUGAGCAUUCAGUGUGGCGUACCUAAGACUUGAAAGAAUGCGUGCGAAUGAACGUUUUACUAAGACGUGGUAAAUCACAAGAUUUAUCCAAGAGUGAGAAGGGGAAAGGGGAUAUUGCAAGUGAGUCUUCUUAAAAACUAACAGGUACGACCAUGUAAAUGGGAAGUCUGAAAAAUUGAAUCUGAAAUUGACCUAAAUUAGGUCACAGUCAGGCUGGAGAGCAUUGGAGGUGUGUGAGCUUUUGUGUGUGAGCGUGUGAGUGGAUAAACACACAGAAAAAGAAAAGGCAGUAAAAGUGACAGGGAGGCAGUAAGCAUUUGACAACGGCGAUCCCUUAGCCAAGAUAUUUUACUUCAUAGCUUGUAAAAGAAAAUAAAAGGCAGCAUUUUUAGAAUGAGGUUAAAAAAAAAUUACGUUAAAACAUAAUGUUGUGAUAAUAACUAUGUUGUGUAAGUUCAACCCAUUUUAUAGACCGCAUUUUUUUCUCUAACUAAACGAUCUGAGCUUUAAUGUCCGUCUAUUGGGUGUGGUGCAACUUUAACACAUUGUCCUGAAGUGAACUCUUGAACUGUAAUUACAUCAUCGUCACAUUUUGUAGCAAAUAGAUUUCUUUAGAGAAAUAGAAGAAAAACAAACAAACAUGUGAAUAAAAUGUAUGUAUAAUUGGGUUUGUCCAUAGCAUAACUUGCUAGCCUAAAACAAUAAGUAAAAAUGAAUAUUUGAUAUCAUUGCAAUGGCUCGAAUACAUAGAAUUGACAGGUAUAAAAAGCCCAAUUUGAACCUUCCUUUUACAGGACUUUGGUAUAGAAAAGGAGAAUGAAACGAAAGCAUGGGACGGUUUAUAAAAAUGCCAGGUUUGAAUUUAUUUUCAGCAAUGCUUAAAAAGACAGAGAACACCCUUAAUUUUGUUGUGUUCUUAUGUAAAAGAAAAAAAAACUUUUUACUGCAGGGUACACAUUCCAUGUUUUCGGCUGUUGUCAUCGUGCGUCUCUUCAUAUUACCCACACAUUGUAAAAAAAGAACAGAAAACUAUCACAACUGAUAUGUUUACAGGUUUUUCUUACUUUUUCACCAAUGUACAGGUAACCGAAACAUCGUGUUUUAAGAAAAAGAAAAAAAUGUAAUUUAAACCAUCCAGCGCGACCAUUACACGCUAGUCCAAUAUCUCACAAUUUCUCAUCUCGUUACGCUCGAUCGCUAAACAACGUACCCCUCAAUUUGAAGCUCACACGGGUGGGAAAAGUAUUAUCAAUGCCGCAGUCCCCCCUCCCUCCAUGGUAUGUGAACACAUGUACAACCGCGGUCUUUCUUCCUUUAUGUGUACGUCUUUGUCCUUGACUAUAUAUCUAUACGUAUGCCUCUAAACAAACGUUUUGGAGUGUCUUUUGAAGUGCCAUGAGAAGUUUCUGUUUUCGCGUCCCGAGGCGUCACUUCAGUCAUUCGCUAGUAGUAAGAGACCGAGGAGAGUCCCGGUUGAGUUUUUAUCCAGGUUAGAAUGGCGUCAUACUGGCAUGGGGAACAUCCAAGCCAUCCAUGCCUCCAUGCCAGUACAGUGCCAGGCAGUGCAGAGCUACGACUCUACAGGAGGUCCCAUUUUCUGUAAGCCCCACUAUUGCGAAAAGUGGCAUUUGAAGCGGCUCGGGUGGAACCGCAGAUAGACCUAUCUGUAUGUCCCCCCCACCCCCCACCCCACAAGCUGUGAGGAGAAUAUCCUAUUGUCCCUGUUCUGUGAGGGACACUGUUGUACAUUGACAGUGCAAGGCGUGGUAUUGAAGUGAGGUUUAGUGUGUCGAAACUACGAAUGACUGAAGGACGCACGUGGUCAACGCGGAUCAACUGGGCCCAUGACAUGUUUUCUGUGUCCACGUCACAAAAUGGAGUCUACUACACAUGAUGUGUUGCUAUGCUACUACAGUAUGCUGCAUUCUUUUUUGUCAAGCUAUUUUCCUGCUGUAAAUGAUGGAUAUAAUAACUUAUUUGCUGGGAAUUGUACUAUAUAUAUAAUAGAAUUUAUGAAACUGGGGGUCGAGGGGGUUGGAUUUAAGUCUUAACCCAUUUAAAUUGCAUUUUGCAAUUUUUAUGUUGCUUUUUUUUGAGGAAAAAAUGAAACUUGCCGAUUUCUUUUGGUGUUUUUUUUUUAUUAUUUUGGCAGAUUUCCGUUCAGGAAGAAUUCAACUCCCUGCUCUCAUGAAUCACAUAUCGAUAUGUUGGCACAUCAUUAAUGCAGGAAACUGAGUUUUUUUUUCAUAGUCUACUUAGUUUGGGAUUUGUUGAAGAUAUAAUGAUAACUGGAUAAUUUGAUGGUGCUGAGUUGAUCUACCUGACUCUGUCAAAUAUAAUCUGAAGAUAAAUAUACUGUCUUGUACAAAAAGUUUGUACAUAUACUGUACAUGGUUUCUUUUUGUAUUUUCUCAAAUUAAAAUGGAUGUAUUUGUGUUCUAAAAAAAAUAAAUCUCCUCAUAUUUCAUUCCA